AUGGACCCCAGCGAUUUCUCUAGCCCAUUUGACGCACUGACUCUGCCAGAGAAGCCCCUGGCAGGAGACCUUCCAGUGGACAUGGAGUUUGGAGAGGAUCUGCUGGGUUCCCAGACUGCCCCAAGCCAGGGCUGGACUCCUCCCGGCCCACCCCCAACCACUGAGGCCCUAGACUUGCUGGAUAAUCCUGCUGGCCUGGAAAAAGACCCCAGCGUUCUAGAUGGAGCCACUGAUCUCCUGGGACUUGGGGGGCUCCUCUACAAAGCACCCUCUCCCCAGGAGGUCGAACAGGGUCCUGAGGGAUCACUGGGGUGGGCCACAGGGGACCAGCCUCUAGAAUCUGCCCCCAGAGGACAGGCAUCUGAAGUAACAACGCCUGAUCCUGGAACUGGGGCAAGCCCUGCCUUGACUGAGGGGCUCCUAGAGCCCUUGGCCCCAGAUUCACUGAUCAACCUGGAAGAGGAGGCUCCCUCUACAACUGCUAGAAGAAAGGGCCCCCCUGGGCAGGAGGAAGAGCUUCUGCAGGGGCAGCCCCCAAGCCCAAAUGCCCCUCCAAGCCCCUCUGUGGGAGAGGCCCAGGGAGAUGGAUUCAAUGGCUCCAAGACCCAGCCCAGCCCCCCAGCACACCCUUCCCUGCCAGGGGAUGGCCAAACUGAGAAGAGCAGUGAGCAGCCUCCAGAGAAGAAGAGAAGCGAGCGGGCUCGGAGGGUAGAGGCCCCCAAACCGGAGACCGUGGACUCCUCAGAGAGCAUUCCGGUAUCAGAUGAGGACUCUGAUGCCAUGGUGGACGACCCCAACGAUGAGGACUUUGUGCCCUUUCGGCCAAGGCGCUCUCCCCGAAUGUCCCUGCGAAGCAACUUGGCCCCCCGAGCUGCCCGCUCAACAGGCACCAAAAUGACCUGUGCCCAUUGCCGGACCCCACUGCAGAAGGGGCAGACUGCCUACCAGCGCAAAGGGCUCCCCCAGCUCUUCUGCUCCUCCACUUGUCUUACCACAUUCUCUAAGAAGCCUCUGGGCAAGAAAACCUGCACCUUCUGCAAGAAGGAGAUCUGGAACACCAAGGACUCUGUCGUGGCCCAGACUGGGGCAGGUGGCUCCUUCCACGAGUUUUGUACAUCAGUCUGCCUGUCCCUAUAUGAGGCCCAGCAGCGGCCAGUGCCCCCAGCAGUUGAUUCAUCAGAUGCCACCCGCUGUAGUAUUUGUCAGAAGUCUGGAGAGGUCCUCCAUGAGGUCAGCAACGGCAGCGUGGUACACCGACUUUGCAGCGACUCAUGUUUCACCAAGUUCCGUGCCAACAAGGGACUAAAGACCAACUGCUGUGACCAGUGUGGAGCCUACAUCUACAGCAAGGGAGGGGGUGGGGCUCCUCCCCCUGAGCUUCUCUUCCAUGAGGGCCAGCAAAAACGCUUCUGCAGUGCUGCCUGCCUGGGGGGCUACAAGAAGAAAAAUACCCGAGUGUACCCAUGCGUCUGGUGCAAGACGCUGUGUAAGAACUUCGAGAUGCUAUCCCACGUGGACCGGAAUGGCAAGACUGGGCUUUUCUGUUCUUUGUGCUGUACCACCUCCCACAAAGUGAAGCAGGCCGGCCUGGCUGGCCCUCCCCGCCCCUGCAGCUUCUGCCGUCGUAGUCUGUCUGACCCCUGUUACUACAACAAGACCGAUCGCACAGUCUACCAGUUCUGCAGCCCCAGUUGCUGGACCAAGUUCCAGCGUACAAACCCUGAGGGGGGUAUCCAUCUGAGCUGCCACUAUUGUCACAGCCUGUUCAGUGGCAAGCCUGAAAUCCUGGAUUGGCAGGACCAAGUGUUCCAGUUUUGUUGCCGUGAUUGCUGUGAGGACUUCAAGAGGCUUCGAGGUGUGGUAUCCCAGUGUGAGCACUGUCGGCAGGAGAAGCUGCUUCAUGAGAAACUUCGCUUCAGUGGGGUGGAGAAGAGCUUCUGUAGUGAAGGCUGUGUGCUGCUCUACAAGCAGGAUUUCACCAAGAAGCUGGGCCUAUGCUGUAUCACUUGCACCUACUGCUCCCAGACCUGCCAGCGGGCGGUUACUGAGCAGCUGGACGGCAGUACCUGGGACUUCUGUAGCGAGGACUGUAAGAGCAAGUACCUGCUAUGGUACCGCAAGGCUGCCCGCUGCCAUGCUUGUAAGCGCCAAGGGAAGCUUCUGGAGACGAUUCAUUGGCGGGGGCACAUCCGCCACUUCUGCAACCAGCAGUGUCUACUUCGCUUCUAUAGCCAACAGAACCAGCCCAACCUGGACACCCAGAGCGGGCCCGAGAGCCUCCUGCACAGUCAGUCUCCAGAGCCCAAACCCUCCACAGCCGCCCAGCCCAAAGUCACCAGCAGCAGCAGCAACAGAAGCCCUACAUCCUGUGGCACAUCUCUCUUCCCAAAGGGUACUACCAAAAGCCGCUCAGUCCCAACUGACCCUACCCCUCCACCUGCACCUUCGAUGCCUCGGAAGAACAAAGCCGCCAUGUGUAAGCCCCUGAUGCAGAAUCGGGGCGUGUCCUGCAAGGUUGACAUGAGGUCCAAAGGGUGUCAGACAGAGCAAGACUGGAAACCACAGGUGAUCGUGCUGCCCGUCCCAGUGCCCAUCUUUGUCCCAGUGCCUAUGCAUCUGUACAGCCAGAAAGUCCCGGUGCCUUUGUCACUGCCUAUCCCAGUACCUGUGCCCAUGUUUCUGCCCACAACUCUGGAGAGCACAGACAAGAUUGUGGAGACUAUUGAGGAGCUAAAGGUGAAAAUUCCAUCCAACCCGUUAGAGGCUGACAUCCUGGCCAUGGCAGAAAUGAUAGCAGAAGCUGAGGAGUUGGACAAGGCCUCAUCCGACCUCUGUGACCUGGUGAGUAACCAAAGCACAGAAGGUCUGCUGGAAGACUGUGACCUGUUUGGGCCAGCAAGGGAUGAUGUUCUCGCCAUGGCAGUGAAGAUGGCCAAUGUUCUGGAUGAACCAGGGCAGGAUCUGGAAGCUGACUUCCCCAAGAAUCCCUUGGACAUCAACCCCAGUGUGGAUUUCCUCUUUGACUGUGGCCUGGUGGGGCCAGACGAUGUGUCCACUGACCAGGACCUGCCUCGAGCCAUCCGGAAGGGGCAGAAGCGACUAGUGCUUUCAGAAAGCUGUUCCCGGGAUUCCAUGAGCAGCCAGCCCAGCUGUACAGCCCUAAACUACUCUUACGGUGUCAAUGCUUGGAAAUGCUGGGUGCAAUCAAAGUAUGCAGGUGGGGAAUCCAGCAAGAGUGAGGAGCUGCGCUUUGGUCCCAAGCCAAUGCGGAUCAAAGAGGACAUCUUGGCCUGUACAGCUGCCGAGCUCAACUAUGGCUUGGCCCAGUUUGUGAGAGAGAUAACACGUCCCAAUGGCGAGAGAUAUGAGCCUGACAGUAUCUACUACCUGUGUCUUGGCAUCCAACAGUACCUACUAGAAAACAACCGAAUGGUAAACAUUUUCACGGACCUUUACUACCUGACCUUUGUUCAAGAACUCAACAAGUCUCUGAGCAGCUGGCAACCCACCAUCCUCCCAAACAACACCGUGUUCUCCCGCGUAGAGGAGGAGCACCUCUGGGAAUGCAAGCAGCUAGGCGUGUAUUCUCCCUUCGUCCUGCUCAACACCCUCAUGUUCUUCAAUACCAAGUUCUUCGGCCUGCAGACGGCGGAGGAGCACAUGCAGCUGUCCUUCGCCAAUGUGGUGCGCCAGUCACGCAAGUGUACCACCGCUCGCGGCACCACCAAGGUGGUGACCAUCCGCUACUACGCACCUGCUCGCCAGCGAAAGAGUCGAGACACCAGUUCGGGGAAGCGGAAGAGGGAGGAUGAACUUCCUGUCCUGGAACAGCGUGAGAACCGUAUGAACCCUCUGCGCUGUCCUGUCAAGUUCUAUGAGUUCUAUCUCUCCAAAUGCCCCGAGAGCCUGCGCACUCGGAAUGAUGUGUUUUACCUGCAGCCAGAGCGGUCUUGUAUUGCCGAAUCUCCGCUUUGGUAUUCUGUGAUCCCCAUGGACCGGGGCAUGCUGGAGAGCAUGCUGAACCGCAUCUUGGCUGUGCGCGAAAUCUAUGAAGACCCAGGCCGUCCUGGCGAGGAGGACCUGGACUGAGCAGGCCAUGCGGCCACACUCUCCACACCAAUGUCUGUCCUGUGGCCCACCCCUGCCCGUGAGAGGGGCCGGCCCAGGCACCAAUGCUGCUCAUUCUGAAGGGCCCUGCCCAUCCCUCCCCACUCCUUCUCCCAAGGCCUGAGGCCCUGGCACCCCCUGGCUUUCUACCUUCUUCCAUACCACUUGUUAAUGCUGAAAACCUUGUUCCUUUGCUCAGGGGCUCUUCUCCCAGUGCUAGGUCCCACUAGGGUCGGGGAGCUCUCCUCUGUGCCUCAGAGCAAUA